UUAAUCAUCCACUAGCUAGAAUAAAAUUCACCAUCGAAUCGCCAAGGAGUCUCGAGUCGGCUAAUAUUAUUUUACUCCAAAAUAUAUAAUCGCGUCUUUAUAAAAUUUUAUAAAAUAAUUUUAUAUAAAAGUAUAUUAAUUAAAAACUAAAAAAAGAAAAAAAAAAAAUAAAUCAAGUGACAUUAGAAAUUAUAUAUUUGUUUACGUUGUAAUGUCAAAUGAUUGUCAAAGAAGAAUGAAGAAACGUCUCAAAUGUCAUAAUAAAUAAAUAAAUAGUUAGUUAGUUAGAUAGAUAAAUAAAUAAACAAAUAGUCGGUGAAUAAUAAAUAAAUAAAAAAAAAUACUUUUAAAUUAGUAUUUUUAUUAAAAAAAUUAACUAAAAUAUAGUUGGAUAAAUAAGAAGAAAAAAUUAAUUGAGAAGCUCGUCUCUGAUCGCACAAUGGCGGACAGACGACUGGGCAACAACAAUGUUGAGCUGGAGCAAGCUGAAGAAGCUAUGGAAGAUACAACAACAAUAACAAAUAAAUUAAAUGUUUAUAGAGCUGGUGAUUUUUCACGUUGUUUAACAAGAGAUUGGAUACGUACUCGUGAUCCAUUGACUGUUAUAACUGAUCGUGAUAUACAAAAUGUCGGUAUUGUAACAAAUACUGAUUUAAAUAUUCGUAUUGGUGCUCAAAGAUCACAGUGUACAUGGGCAUGGGUAUUUGAAAUACGUACACGUAAUCGACAAUUAAAAAAUUUAACUCUAUCACUUGAAUCACAUCGUGAAAAUUUUAUGAUACAUUCAGUAUGUCGUGAUGGUUUAAGAGUUGGUUUUUGUGAUGGACAAGAAUGGCAUGAUCCAGUUAAUCUAACAGAUCAUCAACAACAACAAAAUAUAUUAACAACAUCAUCAACAAAUACAACAUCAGUAUCAUCAAUUAAUAAUGAUAGAGUAUUAUUGUAUUUUGUUGAUAUUAGAUUUGCUGCAAAUGGACAUGGUACAUAUCAUCAACAUGUAUUAUUUGGAUUUGAUAAUAAUUAUCCAGUUGUUAGACGAAAAAUAUGUGCUGAUAUUGUACCACCAAAUGAUUUAUCACGUUUAAAUGAAGCAACAAAAUAUGUAUUGAGUCAAACAGCUCAUGUAUGGUCAUCACGUAAUCAAGAUUUUCAUCAAUUUGAAUCACCAUUUGUACCAUCAAUUGAUCAAUGGGAAAAAAAUCUUGCAAAAGCAUAUCCAUAUCCUGGUGAAGAUUUAUUUAUAUUAUCACAUGCAACAUUAACUGAAGAUUAUUUAACACGUACUAAUUAUCGAGGAAGAAUGCAUGAAUUAAUAUCUGUUGAAGAACUUGCAAGACAUGAACAAGUUGCUAGAUAUAAUACAAUUGUACAAAUACAAUUAUCAUCAUGUUAUAUAUUAUCAUCUGAUACUGAUGGAUCAACAACAGCCAAGUAUGCACCACUUGGUGAAUUAUUUGCCCAGUUGCCUUUAGGUCGUGGAGUAUCAGAAGAUAUGAAAAGUGGCCGUUUAUUAUUGCGUGGUUGCAAUACAAUACUCAUUAAAUUAUUCAAUCCUCAAGAUAAUGAUAUGAAUAAUCAACAAGGUUCAUGUAAUGUUUUUGAAGCACACGUUGAAGAUAAAUGUAAUUACAUGAUUUAUGCAAGAUUAUCAAAAUUUUGUGUUGAAAAAUUACACUUAAAAGCUGAUACAAGUGUUAAAAUGUAUGUACAAUUUGUACUAAAUAGAUUGCCAUUUUGUGAAUGGCAUAGAGCUAUUGAUACACUGCCUGAUACAAGAUUAAUAUUUCCUGAUUCACGUUUUGAUAUACCAAUGUGUUUACCAUCAGUACUUGAAACAAAUAAUAAAUGGUGUGAUUUAUUGGAUAAAAGAUUAAAUGAUCGUCAACGUGAUGCUGUUAUAUUAAUGGUUGCACCAACUAAUAUUUAUUUACCACCAAUUUUAUUACUUGGACCAUAUGGUACUGGUAAAACAUUUACAAUUGCACAAGCAUUAUUAAUAUUAUUAUUGCAAAAUCCAUUGAAUAAAAUAUUACUAUGUACACAAAGUAAUAGUGCUGCUGAUCUUUAUGUCAAAGAAUUUUUUGAUGAAUGGUAUACAACAACUAAUGAUGAGAGAUUAAAACCCAUGAGAAUUUAUUAUAAACGUCGAUUAAGAAAUACGGUUCAUCCAACUGUACGUAAAUAUUGUCUAACUGAUCCAAAUGGCUAUUUUCGUGAUCCAACAAAAGAAGAUAUUGAUAAUUGUGGUCUUAUUGUAACGACACUUGCAACAUCUGGAUGUUUAACUGCUCUUGAUGUUCAACCAACUCAUAUAUUUAUUGAUGAAGCAGCACAAGCAUUAGAAUGUGAAGCAUUAACACCACUUGCACUUGUUAAUCAAAGAACACGUCUUAUAUUAUCUGGUGAUCAAAUGCAACUUGCACCAGAAGUUUAUAGUGAUUUAUCAAAAGAACGUGGUCUUGGAACAAGUUUACUUGAACGAUUACAUCAUGUAUAUACACCAGAUCAUCCUUGUCGUAUUAGUUUGUGUCAAAAUUAUCGUUCACAUGCUGAAAUUGUACGUUUAACAUCAAAUUUAUUUUAUGGCAAUGAAAUUGAACCUAGUGGACCAUUAUUACCUGAUCAUCCAAGUAUAAAACCACUUGUAUUUUAUGCUGUUGAAGGAACUGAAGUACAGGGACAAUUUUCAACGGGUUAUUACAAUGAUGAAGAAGCUGUUGAACUUGCAAAACGUAUUGCAAAUUUAAAACAAUGUUGGCCAGUUGAAGAAUGGGGACCAUUUGGUGAAGAUUCAAUUGGUGUACUUGCCCAUUAUUCAGAACAAGUUGCACGUAUACGUAAUGAAUUACGUAAAAAAAAAUUAUUUUCCGUAUCAGUUGAACGUGUAUUAAAUGUACAGGGUAAACAAUUUACAGCUGUAUUUAUAAGUACUGUUAGAACGAGAAAUUGUUGUCGUUAUUCAGCUGAAAAUAGUGUUAGUGAUUAUGGUUUUUUAACAAAUCCAAGAUUAUUAAAUACAGCAAUAACAAGAGCAAAAGCAUUAGUUGCUGUUGUUGGUGAUCCAGUUGCAUUAUUAACAACUGGAUCAUGUCGUUCAUUAUGGGGUAAAUAUUUUCAAAGAGCAACUGUACGUGGUAUACCACAACGUUUUUUAAAUGAACAUGUUACACUGAGUAUGGCACCACCAGUACCACUUGGUAUACCUCUUAAUCCACUUGCACGUGAAUUUAUACCACGUCAAACUCGAACAGACUGAGUUGCAUUAUUAUGAAUACUAAUAAAUUAACAAAUAUAUUAUAUAAAAGAAAAAAACAUAAAUUGACAUUUCAACAAUUAUUAUUUUGUUGACAUAUACAAAUAUAUUAUCCAUUUAUAACAAUUAUUAUUAUAAUUUACUAUGAAAUUUUUUUUUUUUUUUUUAAUUUCUCCGGAAACUUUUUUAGUGACGAGUGGGUGUAAUUUUUAUAAACAUAAUAAAGAGAAGAAAAUAAAGAAAAAUAAAUAAAAAAAAUAAAUAAAUAAAUAAAAACAAAAAAAAAAAAAAAAAAAAAAAAACCCGACUAUAAAUAAGAUGUAUGACUAAAAAAAAAAAAAAAAAUUGAAAAAUGAAAAAUUUAAAAAAAAAUCGAAAAAAAAAACUGAAAAAAAUGAAAAAAAAUAAAAUAAA